GUUACGACAUCAAGCACACAAGGAACUUUACGCAUAUAAACAGGUUAUACUGAAAGAGAAAGUAAAAGAACUUAAUUUGCAUGAGAUUUGUGCAGUCUGCUUGGAGGAGUUUAAACCGAAGGAUGAGCUUGGGAUCUGUCCAUGUAAACAUGCAUUUCACAGAAAGUGUCUGAUCAAAUGGCUCGAAGUAAGGAAGGUUUGUCCACUCUGUAAUACGCCUGUCCUCCAAAAUAACCAAGAGCAGGGAGCCAUGAGUGGGACAGACAACUUAGUGUAGCACACGCUGCUCGCAUUUCAACUCAAGAGAAAGGAUUUUCUUUUUUGUAUCAUCAUUAUUUUUGUUUAUUUGUUGUUUCAUUUUUCCCGUGUUUGUAGUGGAGCCGAUUCACAAGGUGGUGAUCCUGCGGACCUACACCCGAGUGUGUGGUUAAUGGCGCGCCACGACUCACCGCGAGGGGACCGGAGAGUCUCGAACACCAAAGCACUUUUUUUUGUUGCUGGGUCUACCAGGAGGUGCUGCUGGACCUGUCAGUAUAACACAGAGGCCAAGCUGACUUGAGUUACACACAAAGGAGCACUUUACAAUGACUCAUUCUCCUCCCCUUUUUGAACUGUCACAGGUACCAAGCAUGGAGGUGGGAGGUGUGUAUUGCAUGGGGUUUUCUUAAAGUUAUGUCAGAUUGAGCAUUCGGGUGGCAAAAAGUGCUGUGUCAGCAUUUUAAGGAAUAAGCAAACAAAGGGAACAGACUCAGGCCUUUUCAAAGUGGAAGCUUAGAGCUCAUGACGCUAUGUAAAGCAGCCAACCCUGAGGCAGGACUUCUCAAAGAUUUCAUGCUUAAACCCAAGUUAUGAAAUUGCCAAAAAAAAAGUGUCUAAAGGGCUCUCACUCCUAUUUCAGAUUAGAUCUGAGGUUUUACUGUGAAUGAUAACGGUCACCGCCCUUUGUUCCUCAGCCAGAGCCUCUUGGCAUUAAACCAUGUGAACAAUACAUCAAUAUAUUUGAUGAUGAGGCACUUUCUUUGUCGGGUGGGGAGGUUGGAAAAGCGGUCAAACUCUGUACCAGACACUAUACAUAUGGCUGUAGGAGUGGGAGCUCUUUGGGACAAUCCCCUUAGUUAAGAGAUAAAUUCAUUUUCCUUUUUUUUAAAGAAAAGCAUUAUUAAGAGCAUUUUGUACGAAGGAUUAAUUAUCGCAGAGUUUUCAAACACUUUGAGCCUUUGUAAACUCUUUCUGCGGUUGGUCAGGAACUGAGAUAUGUUGGGAGCUCAUUCAAUCAAAUACCCCUCAGGCAGCUGAGCAGAGCACAGUGGUGUUAAUUAGAGAGUCGCUGGGAGUGGAAAUGGACAGCAACUCUCACCUUUCAAACAAUUAUCUCAUUUAUGGCACAUGGCCAAUGGUGUAGUCAACAGUGAGAUCCUGUACAAACGAAGAAAUAAUUUAAUGUUUAAAAAAAAAUAAGUAACGCUUUAAAGAAAACAACAAACAAGGAAUUUGGGUAAGAAAGGAGAAGUGAGAAAAAUGCGCAGGUUGACAAAGGAAUGAGAUGGAGGUGGCUAGAGAGCAAGGAGAGUUGCUGGAAAAACCUAAAAUUGUCUGCAACUAAACUCAUUUACAGCCCAGGAUUAGCACUGAAACCUCUCAUCUGUAUUGGGAGAAGAGGUAGCACUGGGAUGUGUACCAGUACAACUAAUGAGAGCCUUUGUGGACCCUUUUCUAAUUCUUUGAAAUUUGUGUCAUAGGUAGACAAGGCAGUUAAGAAGGCAUUCAGCACGCUUGUCUUCAUUGCUCAGACCUUUGAGUAUAAGAGUUGGAA